GGAAUGCUGCAACCUGGGCAUGAAGGUGACAGCUGAGAUCGAGGCCGCCCGGAAGGGCAUCCAGGCCAGCUUGGACAAGACAAUGGCGAGCUACCAGCCCAGCGACUGCGCCACCCUGCCCCAGCUGGUGAACACCAAGCUGCAGUCGCUGGGGGACACGCUGCAGCGGGAGAUGAAGGACGAGACGCAGGCCCGCACCCGGCUGCACGGCGAGAAGAUGAGCUGCGAUAUGAAGCUGCAGGAUUCCAGGCAGCAGAGCAACAUGGAGAUCCAGGGCCUCCGGCAGCAGCUGCAAGCCCUGCAGACCUCCUGCCCCGCUGAGGUCAAGCGCAGCUUCCAGGAGAAGCAGGCGCUGGCGGAGGAGAAGGGGCGCCUGAGCCAGCAGCUGCAGGAGUGGAGCAAGGUGCUGGCCCAGGCUGAGGACAUGAAGGCCCAGCUGGAGAGCUGCAGGAGGAGCAUCGUCUUCCCCGGGAACCCCGCCCUGAGAAUUCCCGCCAACCCUGGCGUCCCCGGCAACCCUCCGUUCCUCCGGAACCCCGGCAUCGUCCGGAACCCCAGCAUCCUUGGCAAUCCCGGGACGUUCGGGAACCUCGGUGAGUGCCCGGGCGAGGAAGGGCCGAAGGCAGCUGCCCGGGGGCGUUCCCGUGGGGGGGGGUCGCUUGCUUUGCGGCUAACCCGAGCGCGCGGCGGCGGGGCGCGGCGCUGGAGCAAAGGAGAGGAGGCGCGAUUCGACCGGCGAGGCACGCGGGGGCCCGGCCUGGAAUCUCGCUCCGCCUCACCGACAGACACGGGCCUGGCUGGAGCCUCGCAGACCGACGCGGGCAUCGGCACGUGA